CCCCACUGCUCCACCCCUGCCUCCACUGCAGCGUCGCCCGUCCUGCAGGGCCCAGCCACUGACACUCGCCAUCAACCACCUUCCUAAAAUGCCUCCUUUACUCCUCCUCCUCAUACUCCUCUCUCUACGUUCCCAAAAUCUCUUCUCUAUAUUCCUCUGCUCCUCCCAAACAACUGUACAUUGCACCCUCACUGCUUCCUUCUCCCCUCUACGGCUCUCACCACCUCCUCCUGAUACUCCACUCUCCCACUGACCCAAACACCUCCACUGGUAGAUUUACGCACUCUUGUACAUCCCGCUCCCAUGCCACCUUUCUCACCCUUCUUCUCCU